AUGAAUAGGGUGAUGAUUGAAUUGCAAUCGGGGCUAAUAGAACACCAGUCUUCCGACUUUGCGAAAUCGCUCGGUACCGAUGCCAAUGGUACGGUAACAUCUGCAGACUCCUUUGCGAUCGCAAGAUCCGCAGAUUCCAGCUCUGCUCCUGCUUCCCCAAUUUCGGACGAGCCCAAGGGUGUUAUUCCACUGGAGAUCCCUAUGCCAGAAUCCUCUGAUGCUUUACAACAAUUACUCAGAAGGUACAGGGAGCUAGAGGCUAGUCGUACUCACGAGCCAGAGAAACUAGGCAUAUUGAAAGUGCUCAGAAAAAUCAACAGACAGCAGCAACAGUACGAGAAGGAUCUGUCAGAGGAAAACAAACUCUGGAGAAAGAACCACGAACAUGUUAAUCUGGGCUUAUUGAAGAAACAGAUUGCCGGAUUUCAGCUGUUGUCUAGGGACCUCGAUCUACCUCUCGGAUUGCAGCUGCAGCUGGAUGAGAAGAAGGUGAAAGAGGCCCUUAUGGAAUACUCCAAACAGCCACAACAACCGCAGAAGUCGGAUGGUUCUCAAAUACGUUUACCGAUAGACGACUAUGAAAAAAAGGCCUCGUUGUUCGGCAUUAAGUCUCGGAGGCUGACUGCGGAGUCUGCUUUGGACGCCGUUGGUACUGACUUUGCCGAGCAGCAAUUACGAACAAAGAUUCAGAUGAGAGUCACAGAGCUAGAGAGUCUUCCCUCCAACUUGGGAGUUUAUGACGGAACUACUCUUUCCAAUGAUCUAAAACACACUAAUGAUGAUGUUAUUGAUGGCAUUGACAAUUUGAAGAUUCAAGCUAUUUUAGAACUCAAGGCCUUAAGACUAUUACCGCUCCAGAAGCAGCUUAGAAAUAGGCUAGUUGUUAGCUCUACUAGAAAUAGGAUAAUCGUUGACGAGUCAUUGAAUAAGAAUUCCGUUUUCAAGACUUGGAAAAGAACCUAUUGCAUCCGUAACAAACAGAGAGUGGCUCAGACAGCACGUUUGGCUGAAAAACUUCAAGAACAGCAGAAGAAGGAGCUCACAGAGCAGAUGCGGAUGCUGAGACAAAACAGGCUCCAAGGACUGAUCGAGGUGAUCACGGAGGCACAAAACGAGGUGUUGGCUCGUAAGAGUUUGCGCAUUUCCCUUGGUAAGUCAGUGCAUCACCUGCACCUACAAUCGGAAAGAGAGGAGAGCAGACGGAUGGAGCGGACAGCCAAACAAAGACUUCAGGCUUUAAAGGCUAACGAUGAAGAGGCAUAUAUCAAAUUAUUGGAUGAAACCAAGGAUCAACGUAUCACUCAUUUGUUGAAACAAACAAACUCGUUUUUGGACUCGUUAGCUGAUGCAGUUAAAAUGCAGCAGCAGGAAUCGAAGAUUAUGGAGAGGAUCGAAAAAGGUGAUGUGGAGACUGCAAUCGACACAGAGUCCAAACCCACGGAUGAGGAAAAGGAUAGUAAAGUUGAUUAUUAUGAGGUGGCACAUCACAUUAAAGAAGAAGUUAAUGCGCAACCUCAUAUGUUGGUCGGUGGUACGUUGAAAGAGUAUCAAGUGAAGGGAUUGGAAUGGAUGGUGUCUCUUUUCAACAACCAUUUGAACGGUAUUCUUGCCGAUGAAAUGGGCCUUGGUAAGACCAUUCAAUCCAUUGCAUUGAUUACUUACCUUCUAGAACAAAAGAACGAGACCGGCAAGUUUCUUUUAAUCGUUCCUUUGUCUACCAUUACCAACUGGACCAUGGAGUUCGACAGAUGGGCACCGACUGUGAAGAAAAUUGUUUACAAGGGAAGUCAGCAACAGCGUAAAGCUAUGUCAUACAGCGUCAGGUCUGGCGACUUUACGGUCCUUUUGACUACCUACGAGUAUGUGAUCAGAGAUCGACCAAUGCUGGCAAAGUUCAAAUGGGCGCAUAUGAUUAUCGAUGAAGGCCAUCGUUUGAAAAAUACUCACUCGAAGCUUUUCCAGACGCUUACCCAAUAUUACCACACGAGGAAUAGACUUAUCCUAACCGGUACUCCACUCCAGAACAGUCUUCCCGAGCUAUGGGCUUUGCUUAACUUUAUUCUUCCUAAAGUUUUCAACUCGGUCAAGUCGUUUGAUGAGUGGUUCAAUACACCGUUUGCUAAUACCGGUAACCAAGAGAAGCUUGAACUUUCCGAAGAGGAAAGUUUAUUGAUCAUUAGACGCUUGCACAAAGUUCUUAGACCUUUUCUUUUGAGACGUCUUAAAAAGGAUGUUGAGAAGGACUUGCCUGACAAAGUGGAGAAGAUUAUCAAGUGUAAACUUUCUGCACUUCAGACCAGAAUAUAUAAACAAUUACUUGAUCACAAUGCGUUGUUCAUUGGAUCGGGAUCUGUUGGCGCUAAUAAAGCAGGGCUACGUGGCCUCAACAACAAGAUAAUGCAACUCAGAAAGAUUUGCAACCAUCCGUUUGUGUUCGAGGAGGUGGAGGAUUUGGUGAAUCCUAGUAGGCUCACUACGGACCUUAUCUGGAGGUCUUCUGGUAAGUUUGAAUUACUAGAUAGAAUUCUUCCUAAACUUCAGGUCACACACCAUAGGACAUUGCUGUUCUUUCAGAUGACACAAGUUAUGGAUAUUAUGGAAGACUUCUUAAGACUUCGAGGAGUUAAGUACUUGCGUCUUGAUGGUUCGACUAAGGCUGAUGAUCGUCAGGAUAUGCUUAAAGCCUUUAAUGCCCCACAUUCCGAAUACUUUUGCUUUUUAUUGUCCACGCGUGCUGGUGGAUUGGGUUUAAACUUACAGACUGCUGAUACAGUGGUUAUAUUUGAUACUGAUUGGAACCCUCACCAAGAUUUGCAAGCUCAAGAUAGAGCGCAUCGUAUAGGACAAACACAUGAGGUUCGUAUCUACAGAUUGAUCACUGAGGAUUCCGUGGAGGAGGUGAUAUUAGAGAGGGCUCAUCAGAAAUUGGAUAUUGAUGGAAAGGUUAUCCAAGCUGGUCGAUUCGAUAACAAGUCGAGUGCCGAGGAGCAGGAGGCGUUUUUGAAGAGAAUGCUUGAAUCUGAAAAGCAAAAAGCCGAAGAGCGUCAGACAGAUGAGAUGGACGAUGAGGAGAUGAAUGAGAUUUUGGCUCGUAGUGACGAGGAGAAGAUAUUAUUUGAGGAAAUGGAUACGGAGAGACAUAACAGUGAGAGAGGAAACAAAUUGCCACGGUUAAUGACCGAUGAAGAGCUUCCCGAGGUACUCAGAAUGGAUAUGGACAUGCAGUUGGAGCCGGAUCAUGAAGAAAUUCAUAGGAGGAGAAACCGGAAAAGGGUCAUAUAUGACGAUGGCCUUACAGAAGAACAAUGGUUGCAAGCACUGGAUGAUGACAACGAUACAGUGGAGGCUGCUGCUCUUCGUAAGAGAAAAUCGCUACACAAACGUCGUUCUCGUCGGAGCGCCAGAAGUACGGGAAGUGGAACUCCAUCAGAGAAUGAGAGCACUACCGACUUUGAUGUCAAUGAAAGCGAUGACUAUCAGGAUGAAGAAGAGCCAACUGCCAAGAGGAAAAUGAGACCACCCGAAGAACAUCUCGUUGAAGGAUACGACCAAGUGUCUGACGAUGCAUCUGCCGAACCCGAUCAAGAGCUAUUUGUUAGUAUGGGACUCGAACUACUUAAGGAAUUGAGGGAGAUGAAAGACGAAAGGGGAAGAAAAUUGGCCGAUCUGUUCAUGACAUUGCCACCACGGAAGAUCUAUCCGGAUUACUACGAGAUUAUUCGCGAGCCUGUGGCCAUUAGAGAAAUCAAAAACAAGCUCAAGAAGAAUCGGUACGAAAGCUUCGAUGAUUUCAAAUUGGCUCUUGAGACUAUGUUCAAAAAUGCCAAGACCUACAACCAAGUAGAAUCGAUGGUCUAUGACGAUGCUACGAAGAUGCAAAAGUUUGCCGAAGAGAAGUUUGCUGAAAUCAAGCAGAAAUUGGUAAAAAGAGAAGAUAAGAUGAUCACGGAGUGA